AUGGGUACACUCAGAUUACCAGAUGUUGUUCCUCCUCCAACCGAAGACUGUGGAAGACUCAAAAAAGCCUUCCAGGGAUGGGGAACGGAUGAGGCAGCGAUAAUAUCGGUGUUGGGGCACAGGAAUGAAAGCCAAAGGAGGAAGAUUAGAGAGACAUAUCAGCAGCUUUACAAUGAGUCCCUCAUUGAUAGUCUCCAGUCCGAACUGUCUGGUGAUUUCAGGAAAUCGGUGAUUUUGUGGACAUAUGAUCCUCCUGAAAGGGACGCGAGGCUGGCGAAUGAGGCCUUGAAGUCGAGGAACAAAGGCAUAAACCAACUACAAGUAAUAGUUGAGAUAGCAUGUGCAUCCUCGCCUCACCAUCUGGUGGCAGUGAGGCAUGCCUACUGUUCUCUGUAUGAUUGUUCACUCGAAGAAGACAUCACUUCAAAUGUCUCCUUACCACUCCAAAAGAUUCUAGUGGGUUUAGUGCGUUCUUAUAGAUAUGAUAGAGAAGUGGUGGAUUUGGACGUGGCAAAUUUAGAGGCAGCUAAGCUACAUGAAGCCAUUAAAGCAAAAAUUAGAUCAUGA